AUGCCAAAUAACAACGGACAGAAUAACAAUGAAAACGCCAGAGCACCGGUGGCCCAAAUUACAAGGGCAUGCAGUUUCGAAAUACCGGAUUACUUACUGGCCGCAAUCUGGGCGACGAUGCCCAUCAUGUGCACAAGAGCCAACGAGGCAUUACAGAACAACACACAACUGCUUGGUCCAGUUGAGCCUCCAGUUUGGACAGAUGAGGAAAAAGCAUUCCUGGUGCUCUGGAUCUCAAGAGAGAGGAGGAUUUUUGGAGACGGUCUUGACACAUUUGGAGGUUUCACUGGGCUUGAGGAGUCCAUCCUAGAGAAUUUUCAGCUUUUGUAUGACUGCACAUAA